CAUUUAUAGCCAUCUUCAAAAUGUCAUGAUUUUUAGGUCUAGAAUUUUGUACAGUGCAAGAACUGUUAACAUAAUAUUUUGAUUAAACUUUGGUUGUAUUCCACUUCACAGUGCAAUUUUAACAGAAACAACAAAGGAUUUUCUGGAGUUUGAAAUAUGGCAGGCAGAAAAUUUCUAUAGUUCUAUUGCAUCUCUGAGGUUGCGAGAACCUCGGAUUAAAGAACAUGUCUUCCAUCAUCAACCAGUUUCUGAGUUAAUUUACCUGCUAAAUGUCUCCCCAGAGGAGCUGAUAAGUGCUGCAGUAAAAAGUUUGUGGGAAGAGUAUGUGAAAAUAGCUGCACUUCAGAUAGACAUAAUGGAGCAACUGCACUUAGGUCAUAUUGAAACAAAAGAAUUACCAGCUGCUAAAUUCGAAGAAUUUUCACCAGUUACCAUGGUUCACUUGGAAAAAUGUUCUGAAAGCCCAACCUUAAUAAAUGGGAAUAAUAAUGUUACUGUUAAAACAUAUUCUGAAGAUGAAGAAACAGCAUAUUCUGAUGCACAGCAAGACAUAAAUAUUGGAAGUGAAGCAUUACCUUUGAAGUUACAAAAUAUAACAACCAUUUCCAUUACGAAUUCCAUUAGUUGUGAAGAUAAUAGUGGUCCCAAGACAAAAACGUACGAGGAAGACUGUGAUCCUCUCAGCAACUUCAUUAUGCUAAGAUCCAAGAAGGUGGCAGCUUCUUGUCAGACAAAUAAUAACGAGGAAAAUCAGAUUUCUGCCAAUGACGAAAGUGCUCUCAACAUUGAAGUGAGCAGUGAAUCAGUGAAGGCACUGAAGACAGAUUCGGUGCAGGAAAGUGGCCAGCAAGAUUUAAGUAGCUUUAUAAUAGAAGUUCAAGCAUCAGCCAGCCAAUGUCGAGCAUAUCAUCUGUUGGAGGCUGCAGCAAUCCCUGUGCUGGAGGACCUGAAAGGUUGUGCUGUUUCUGUGGCUGUGGCUGUGACAGGGACAUUUAGUACUCUUGCUUUUGACCAUACUCGGUUUUUCCUAAAGCACCAGGAGAAGGUAAUAAGUGACAGUGUUAAACAAGGUUAGUCUUAAAACUUUACUCACAUAAGAAGCAUUUACUUAGAAACACCAAUUAAGAAAUAUUGUAAAUAAGUCCACUAUGAAAAUGAUUGGUAGCGCAUAACAAUUGUUUAUAUUUCAUUAAAAUUGUGUGUCGUGACAUACAUCCUGAAUAAUGUGGUUCCUAAAGUAGCUUUGAAAAAUUGACCUACUAUUUGGAUUCAACAAAUAAUGUACUAUACUGAUAAAUGGACAAAAAUAAUCUAAAGAAUAUAAAAAUUAAAUAAGGGCAGCAUGGUGACGCAGCAGUAGAGUCGCUGUCUUACAGCGCUUUCAGAGACAGAGACCUAGGUUCGAUCCUGACUGCAGGUGCUGUCUGUACAGAGUUUGUACAUUCCCCGCGUGACCACGUGGGUUUUCUCCCAGAUCAUCGGUUUCCUCCCACACUCUAAAGAUGUACAGGUUUGUAGCUUAAUUGACUUGGUAUAAAUAUGAAAUUGUCCCUAGUGUGUGUUAGAUAGUGUUAAUGCGUGGAGAUCACUGUCGGUGCGGACUCGGUGGGCCGAAGGACCUGUUUCUGUGCUGCAUCUCUAAACUAAACUAAAUAUGUUGUUGAAAUUAUGUAAUCUUCUCAAUUUAGCAAGUCUAAAUGGAUUUAGUUUCAUAAAUGUGGUAAUACUAUUCAAGAUGGGCAUCACGAUUACUUAAAUCAUUCUUAAAUUAAAGAGCACAAUGUCUUGGUUAUAAACAUUUAUAAAACAAAUAGAUCUAAAUUAAAAUUAAAAUACAUCAUUCAAUAUGAAUUGAUGAACGUAAGUGCAUAAUAUAAAGCAAUUGGAUAGGAAUAAACUUGCUGAUCCAUCCACACAUUUGCAUUUAUAUGGUGCUUCUCAUAACUGCGUAAUGUGAUAAAAUGACAAAAGGCAUGGUCAUUUCUAUUCAAUGCUUGAUUUUUUUAAUAUCAAUAAUUCAUGAAAAUAAAGCACAAAUUAAUCUGUGCUAUUUUAAUAUUGUGUAGAUAUUAUACAUUUGAGAACAUUUUAGAAAUUAAUUUGUCUAGCUCAUGUUUACUUUUUCUUAAUUAGUUUGCAGGUGGGUAAGCUUUCACAUCCUGCUGAGUAAUAAUUGUGAUUUAAAUUGCUGUAUUUAAAAGCAGAACAUA